UUGAGAAGGGUGGACUAUAUGUAACCUAACCUUGCACUUGAAUUACGACUCAAACCCUUGAUGCCCAAAUCCGAAUGGAAAACAACCUUUGCACUCCCACUCGCUCUACAGUAACAAAUACAGAAAAGGGAAGGUAAAAAAGGAAGCUAAAAGAGAAGGAACUGAAUCUCUCAUUCACACACAGAUAAAGUAUCUGAAUUUCAGAGUUUGUUUGGGUAAGUAAAUGAAAAAGACGGUGUUUUGACAAAGAGUUAAAAGAAAAGAAAUACAAGUGAAGUGAUCCAAGAACAGUACUUGUAUGCCCAUGACUUCACAGCCUGUAAGCGGUCUUGAAAACUCGUGAGAAGCCGACAAUUAGGGAUAAUUCCAAGCAUCAGCAUGUGGGUUUCUCUCUGUUCUGCUUGUUCCGCUUUAUUCUCUCUGUUCAUUCCCUUCUGCUCUUUCUUUGAACUAGAGUCACUGCCCUGAGAAACCUUGCUCUGAGUUUUCAGAGUUUUUGAUUAUCAUCAUGUGGGAAUCUGAGAACGAGUCAGUUGGAGGGAGAGAUUACGGCAAUGGAGUCCUUACUACCACCAAGCAUGGGGUCGAGACUGAUGGGUUUGAGCAAAGAGGCCAGUCCUGGUAUGUUGCAGCUGAUAUUCCUAGUGACCUUUUAGUCCAAAUUGGAGAUGUUAGUUUCCAUUUACACAAGUACCCUUUGCUGUCUCGGAGUGGAAAGAUGAACCGGAUCAUAUAUGAAUCACGCGAUCCAGACAUGAGCAAGAUAGUUUUGGAUGACCUUCCAGGAGGGUCAGAGGCAUUUGAGCUAGCCGCAAAGUUCUGCUAUGGAAUCGCGGUUGAUCUAACAGCAACUAACAUUUCUGGCCUAAGAUGUGCAGCUGAGUAUCUUGAAAUGACAGAGGACUUAGAAGAAGGCAAUCUCAUAUUCAAAACUGAAGCCUUUCUCAGUUAUGUAGUUUUAUCUUCAUGGAGAGACUCAAUUCUGGUGUUGAAAAGCUGUGAGAAGCUUUCACCAUGGGCAGAAAAUCUCCAAAUUGUUAGAAGAUGUAGUGAGUCUAUUGCAUGGAAAGCUUGUGCCAAUCCAAAAGGGAUAAGAUGGCAAUAUACAGGAAAACCGCCGAAAGUUUCGAGCCCAAAUUGGAAUGAAAACUCAAGUCCAAGUAGGAACCAGCAAGUCCCUCCUGAUUGGUGGUUUGAAGAUGUUUCAAUUCUUAGGAUUGAUCACUUUGUCAGGGUGAUCACUGCAAUAAAGGUGAAGGGGAUGAGGUUCGAAUUGAUUGGGGCUGCAAUAAUGCAUUAUGCAGCAAAAUGGCUCCCGGGUUUGAUCAAAGAGGGCUCGGGGACAGGAGACGAUGGCAGUAACAGCAGCAAUAGUAAUGGCAGUAGCAGUAGCUGGAAAGGGGGGCUGCAUAUGAUCGUGGCGGGGACUAAAGAUGAUCCACCAACCGUUCAGGCGAAGGAUCAGAGGAUGAUUAUUGAAAGCCUGAUAAGUAUAAUUCCUCCCCAGAAGGACAGUGUCUCUUGCAGCUUCCUUUUGAGGCUAUUGAGAAUGGCAAACAUGUUGAAAGUAGCUCCAGCCUUGGUUACUGAAUUGGAGAAACGAGUCGGAAUGCAGUUUGAACAGGCCACAUUGGCUGAUCUUCUCAUUCCUUCUUACAGCAAAUCUGAGACUUUAUAUGAUGUUGAUCUUGUUCAGAGGCUUUUGGAACAUUUUCUAGUUCAAGAACAGAUGGAGUGUUCUAGUCCUAGCAGACAAUCAUUCUCUGAUAAACACAUGUAUGAUGGAGUCCAAAGGGGUACUAAUCCGAAUGCUAAGAUGAGAGUGGCAAGGCUGGUUGAUAGUUAUCUUACAGAGGUAUCCAGAGAUAGAAACCUCUCCCUGACCAAAUUUCAGGUCCUGGCUGAGGCUUUGCCCGAGUCUGCUAGAACGUGCGAUGAUGGAUUGUAUCGAGCAGUUGAUUCCUAUCUUAAGGCUCAUCCAACACUCUCGGAGCACGAAAGGAAGAGACUCUGCCGGGUGAUGGAUUGCCAGAAGCUCUCAAUUGAUGCCUGCAUGCAUGCUGCACAAAACGAACGACUUCCAUUAAGAGUUGUAGUACAAGUUCUCUUCUCUGAACAGGUGAAAAUCAGCAAUGCCAUUGCCAACAACUCCCUGAAAGAAGCUGGUGAGUCCCAGUACACUCCUAUGGUGUCUAAUCGCAAAUCGCUACUCGAAGGCACACCACAGUCUUUCCAAGAGGGAUGGGCAGCAGCUAAGAAGGACAUCAACACUUUGAAAUUUGAACUUGAAACUGUUAAGGCCAAGUACUUAGAGCUCCAAAAUGAUAUGGAGACCUUACAGAGACAGUUUGAAAAGGUGACAAAACCUAAACAAGGAUCAGCUUGGACCUCUGGGUGGAAAAAACUGAGCAAACUCACAAAAAUGACAGCUUUGGAUGCCCAUGAAAAUGGGUCUCAGAUCCCAAAUACAGAACAGACUAGGAAGACACCUAGAAGGUGGAGGAACUCCAUUUCUUGAGAAAUAUGAAGGUGGAGGAGAGAGAUUGACAAACAAACAGGAAAAGGUUGCAUUUACAUUUCAAGUCUCCAAAUUUAUUAUUAUUAUUAUUAUUUUGGUGAUUUUAGAGUAUUUGGGGGGCUUUUGUUUUUCAUUUAUAGCAAUUACUUGAACAAAUAGCUUCUGGCUGUCCCCAUCUUUUUUUUGUGCUUUGUGAGUGAUGUCUUUGUAAUUAUUAUCAAUAUUCAAGUCUGUUUGGUUUUUGGGUGAAAAAAUAUAUGAGCGUUGAAAUUUACCUAGUGAAGUACAAAUUCUUUUUU